AGUCAAUAAAUAGUAUUAUUAUUCAUAGCUUUGAUUACGCCAGCGAGGGAGUACCAUGCGGGUGUUUCUUCUAAUUAUAACUAUUUUGACAUAUUUAACGACAAUCCUCAGCCAUGUGAUGUUUACCAACCUAAAGUGCGGUACAAAGGACAAGAAGUACCUCGACUUUAAGAAAUGCAACAUCAAGGCGGUGAACCGUACCCAUAAGUAUAUAGAUGUUCAUCUGAAUCUUUAUCAAAAACCUAUAAAUAAUGUCACAGUCCACGCCAAGUUAAUGCGGCAUGAUAUUCAUGGCUAUAAACCAUUUUUCGUAGAUGUCACCUUCGAUGGCUGUAAGUUCCUCAAAAAUCAACGGCAACCCAUUGUUAGAAUGUUUUAUAACAUUUACAAGAACAGCUCUAACAUCAAUCACACUUGUCCAUAUGAUCACGAUAUUAUUUUGGAUCAUAUGUGGACUGGAAAUAUUGAAACGGAUUUUGUGAAAUACGUUCCCAUGAUUAAUGGCGACUAUGCCAUUUUUUCGGAAUGGUCUACAUAUAAUGUUGUUCGGUUUUUUUUGAAUGUAUACAUAAGAAUAUCAAACAGCCGCAACUAGACCGUAAAACUGUAAAACUGUGAAGCUGUAAAACUGUAUACAUAAACUUGUAUUUACUUGAUUACU